AUGGAUGCAUCUGGCGCCGGCCCCUCCUCCAACCCCACUCCCACCAGGCCUCGUCUCACGGUGGACGUUGAGGGGCGGCCUUCACCAACCCCGCCUCCGGCGCUUCAUGCUGGGGACGCCAUCGUCGUCGACCCAAUGAGAGGGCCACGCACCGUGGAGGAAAUCUACGAGGACUUCUCUGCCCGCCGCAGCGCCCUCGUCCGAGCCCUCGCCACCGAUCAGGAGGAAUUAUAUGGUCUGUUAUGUGAGCCAGGUAAAAAAGCACUGUGCUUGUACGGCCACUCGGACGGGAGCUGGGAGUUGAAGCGGCCGGAUGAGUUGGCGCCACCCGACAUGCCGGAGGCGACUCUGGGCGUCAACUUCCGGCCGGAUUACAUAAGCCCUUUUGCCUGGCUCGAGUUCAUUGCCCAACGCGCUGACUCGUGGCUCAUCAGCGUCGCAUUUUUCUUUGCCGCUUGCCUCAACGCCAAUCACAGGAUGCGUUUAUUUGAUAUGAUGAACAAUUUGCCAACUGUCUAUCGAACAUUGUAUCACUUCCACAAGAUUGUUUGGCUACCUACGCCACCAUCUCCAGUUUUGAUGCAAAAUGUGUACAAUCCAAAUGAAUAUUCGGGUGCACCUGCUCAAGACAGCGUGCCACAAUCUCCAGACUUAAUGGAAAAUGUGUCCAAUCCAAACAUAAAGUCUAUAACACCUGUUGAAGAGAACGUGCCACAACUAUCUCAAGACUCCUGGCAAAACGUGUCCGAUCCAAACAAGAACUAUAGGAUGCUUGCUGAAGAAGAUGAAGAGGAUCAGGAAGUUAGCAAGCGAUACUUUUGCGGAGAGUGUGGUGCUCCGUACCAUGCCAAUGGGUUUUGGAUCUGCUGUAACGUAUGUGAUCUGUGGUUCCAUGGCAGAUGUGUGAAGAUAACUGCUUCUAAAUCAGCACAUAUCAAGGAUUACAAGUGUCCUGACUGCACCCUCGAAGAUACCAGAGAGUAG